AUGAUUGCUGAUAAAAGUGUUAUGAACUUUGAAAGGUUGCCUAUGGAGGCAGCUUUAGAUAAAGUGGGUUUUGGUCUUUACGGCUAUUUAUUAACGGUUUUGACCGGCUACGGUAUUAUCUCCUUCGCAUGCAUCGCUUUCGGGAGCAUGUUCAUCGUACCCACUAGCGCCUGUGAACUUCAAACAACAAGUGGUCAGCAAGGACUGUUGGCUGCAGGACCUAUUGCCGGGCUUCUAAUUGGAGGAUUAGCAUGGGGAUACUUGGCUGACACUCGAGGACGGCGGUCGAUGCUGCUGGUUUCUCUAUCUGGGGCUGCUUUCUUUAAUCUCAUCGCUACAAUUUCUGUCAACUGGGUCAUGUUGAUGAUAUUUCAAUUUUUUUCAGCAAUCUUUGCAUCAGGCAUAUACUUGAUGUUGAUGUCCUUGCUGAGCGAAAGCGUGCCUAUGGCUAAAAGAAAUUAUGUAGUGUUAUUGGUAUCCAGUAUUUUUCUCUUGAGUCAGGGAAUCAUGGCCGUAUUGGCGCUGCCUAUAAUUCCCUUGAAGUUUUCCUAUUAUCUACCGGCCUUAGGGAUCUACUGGAACUCUUGGCGUACCUUAUUACUGAUAUUAUCACUGCCUGCACUGAGCACCGCCUUUUGCCUGUUCUUUAUGUAUGAAAGUCCGAAGUUCCUAUUUGCCAAAGGAAAUGAAGCCCGAGCGCUAGACAUAUUAAGAAAAAUACAUCGAUUUGGCAAGUCAAAGCCCAAGGAAGAAUUGGGGUUUUCCUAUUAUCUACCGGCCUUAGGGAUCUACUGGAACUCUUGGCGUACCUUAUUACUGAUAUUAUCACUGCCUGCACUGAGCACCGCCUUUUGCCUGUUCUUUAUGUAUGAAAGUCCGAAGUUCCUAUUUGCCAAAGGAAAUGAAGCCCGAGCGCUAGACAUAUUAAGAAAAAUACAUCGAUUUGGCAAGUCAAAGCCCAAGGAAGAAUUGGGGGUUAAGGGUCUACUAAAAGAUGAAAAUGCAGCAGCCGCGGGUCCAAUUCCAGCUAAGGACCAGAUAGUACCACUGUUUAGGGCGCCACUCCUCAAGUACACCAUCAUUAUUUGCAUCCUUUACGUAGCACAACAGAUGUCUGCAUUCGUUGUGUGGCUGCCGACUAUCGCUAACCAGUUCAUACGCAUAACACAGACAGAAGAGACCACUAAUUUAACUAUAUGUGACGUUUUAAGGAAGGAAGUUGUCCCAGAUCUUGACGCAGUACCUUGCGCCCUGAACGAGACCUCCCUAUUGAUAGUACUUGGUGUAGGUGCAUUGCACUCCGUCGUCAACAUAUUUAUUAGUAUUUUGCUUCGCUUCGUAGGUCGUCGGAACAUAUCUAUAGCUGUCAUAAUACUAUGCGGAGUAAGUGGUAUCCUGGUGAACUUGGUACCAAACGUCUACGGCAGCGCCGUAUUCCUCGCGAUAAUGACUAUGGCUAUCGUUGUGAUCGGGCUCUACACUGCGAUCACUAUUGCCUUGUUCCCUACUCAUCUCAGAGGGAUGGCUAUUGCACUAUCACUUACCAGUUCACGAAUAGGCACUAUUGCGUCUGUUCAAAUCGUCAACUUAAUGCUGUUUACCAGUUGUGAUGCCGGUUUCUACUUGUUCUCUUCAAUAUUAUUAGCAUCAGCAAUAGCUGCAUUCUUCCUGCCAGAUGACCGCAAACUCCAGGCUCCUGUUCCAGCAGCCGACGAUCCUCAGAGUCUAGAUGGAAAACCAGAUACUAGAUUAUAG